UCUGAUCGUGGUCGUGAUGAUGAUAAAUACCAAACAGCAAUGAUGGAAUCGACGUUGCAUGACCACAGUACUCGGCAAGAGCAAUCGCAGCAGCCACAGUCAACAAACGCCCCGCAGGCCGAUGCCAAACAACCCAGGCAUACUGACACUGCAUCAGACAGGGCGACGGCAGCGUUCGUCCGCCGCGUUUUAUGUUCCCACGAUAUAUUGUUGGGCAAUGGCGAAAAAGGACGCAACACUCCGCGUCCAAUCGAAGAUGUGCUCCCGCCUUUGACCAGUUCCAACGAAAUUGACCUUCAACUCUACGCCAUCAUUGCAGUCAUUAUCAAAGAGUUCGUACAGUCAUGGUACUCGAAAAUCACGCCCGACCACGUAUUCGUCGAUGAAGUGAUCCAAAUUAUUGCACAUUGCACCAGAGGGUUAGAGCAGCGCCUCCGCAAAGUCGACCUAGAGGCAUUGCUUCUUGACGAAAUACCCGAACUGAUCGAAGCUCACCUCCACACUUUUCGCCUAGCCAAACAGCAGGCUUCUGAUCCCCAUUCACUUGUUUCUGAUCCUCGCACUGUCUAUCACACGCUUCGUCCACAUCCUGCUCUUUCACCCGUCCCAAGCGAUUUGGUGUCGUCCAGUGUCGUUGAGCAGCGGGAGAAUGAGUCUGCCUGGCGCCAGCUCCUUGUCCAGGGGGUAUUGGUGACUCUCUUGCCAACCGAAGACUUGGAGAAUGCGUGUCUACGGUCUUUAGUCGCCGAGGUUUUCGCGGAGAUGAUACUCGGAAACGGCAUUAGUGGUAAAGCCUGCGAAGGGUGGUUGCUUUGGGAGGGUAUUACGAGAAUAGCUGAAGUCCUACAGACCGAUCAUGAAAAACCAAAAGGUUCGGAAUUGGAUGACGCGCACGAUGAGAAGCCAUUAACCCGCCUUCAACGUUAUGGGCUUCUUGCAUCCACGACAGAGCAGCAAAGCGGCGACGAGUCCUCUACAUCGUUACUGGUCGACUCUCAGGACUGUGCAAUUACCCCCGCAAAUAUAUCGGUCUCAAACCUGUUCUGGACAGCUGUCCUAUACAUCUUUAUGGCGGGUACGGCGAUGCGCGCCAUCAUCACAACCAUGGCGACAUCAUCAGCUUUGCCACGAAGAUCUGUUGCAGGGAUCGAAGGCCCAUCAUCGGUCGAAGACGACCACGAAUCCCAUCGAGUAAAAGCACAUUCGGACGAAAAAAAACAACAUGCCGACGCAAAGCGACCGAUUGUCAGCAUGAAAGUGUGGAGCUUUGCGUCACAGCUAAUUGAAUUGGACAUCCGUAUGCCUUGGGUCUCGGGACUACUAUCAAUGCUGCAUUAUUGGACGUUGGCUGGUCCUGGAAGGGUGGGCGACACCAACGGCGUAUUGGACAGAUUCCUAUCUCACACGUUGCAUAUGCGAGUCCUGAACCCCGCCUUUCUCCCUAUUGUGCUCCGCACCCUCCGUGCAACUCUUUUCCCCAACAACACACUUGGGCCACCUCGACAGAUUCCUUCUGCAGAGGAAGCGAAGCAAAUCAAGACCAAAUGCGCUGCCGCAUUGCUCCAGCUGUUGCCACCGAAACUAGCGGCAACUUUCUUCGCAAGCUCAAGCCCUCUAGAACAGCUCCGGCAAACCGAGGAGUUACUGGAUUGUCUCGAUGAUGCCUACCUCAACAAACAUCUCGUUUUUGCGAUUGUAGAGCUUAUUGUGCUGCGAUUGGUCCCGGAAUUGGGGGAAAGGGGGGUGCGGGAACUGAUGGAGGAUCGGUUAGGGUAG